AUGACUGAUGCGGAAUUGGAACUCCUAGUAUCGAAUUCCUGGUCGUGCAAAAAAUGUGAGGCUAAGCUACGAAGUCAACGAAAUGAUAAUACAGUUGCAACGCCGGUGAAAUCGUCGUUAGCUAACGUUAGUGUGCUGUCCGACGUAUCAGCGGAUUGUUUCAAGUCAACUAUGUCUGACCUUGAAAACAAAUUUAGUGAAGGUCAGGUAAGAUUGGAACAUUCGCUUGAGGCUUGUUUGAAUAAACUCAACGCUAAUUCUGACACCUUGAUUAGGCUGGAAGGCAUAAUAAAGACCCAGCAGGACAUUAUAUUAAAUUUACGAACUGAAAACACAAAACUAAAAGGUUGUGUAGAGGUGCUAAACGACAGGGUUGAUUCGCUCGAACAGUACGGCCGUAGAAAUAUGAUCGAAAUACACGGGAUUCCUGUUGUGCAGGGGGAAAAAACCAAUGACGUUGUGCUGGCUACGUGUAAAGCAGUCGGUGUUGACCUGGGUCCGGAGGCGAUAGACAGCUGCCACCGCCUGCCCAAGGGGGCAAACCAACACUCUCCCGGGAUCAUCGUGAAAUUCGUACGACGCGAUGACGCGCACAAGGUGCUUGAUAAGAAGAAACAGGUGAGGAGACUUUCCACUCGCGACGUCGGAUUUCAAACGGAGGAGCGCCCAGUGUUCAUCAACUUGUCACUGACUGUGGUACGUAGAAGGAUUCUGUCACAACUAAAGAAACUUCAAAAGGAGAAGGGAUUCAAAUAUGUGUGGGUGGAUAGAGCAGGCAACAUCAAAGUAAGACCAGUGGAUAAGGGGAAGGUGUCAAUGAUUAACAGUGAUAAGGAUCUGGAAGCUUUUAUUACUGCUAUGGUUUAA